CGUGGAGAGGAGGGGGGGGUCAAGGCGGAAGUUGAGUAGGAUGUCGGACUGUGAUGUGUAACGUGACUGUUUGCAGUUGAGGGCUGAAAGGAAAGAAAACCAAUUCAGUCUGGAGAAGAAUUUACGUUUCAGAUGAAGACAUUUGGACAAACAAAUAAGCAAAAACAAAUAAACAAAAAAAUAACCGGAUGACUCUGGGACUGAAUCGAACCCAACCGGGAGUUUCAUCUAACGGGCGCUGUCGGUCCGGUGUUGGUGCUGCUGUACGGAAGGAAAUGUAAUUGUACGUUAAUUAAAAUUGAUUGAAAUAUAUAUUUAGAGAAGUAAAGAAAGGAAAUAUGUGACAUGGCGUGUUUUACAGCCUGCUGUAAACCCCCGGAGUCAGUGCAUGUUGGCAGUUACACGACUAGCUAGCAUGGUUUACAGUCUAGGUUUUAAGGGGAGAAGGUAGAAAAGAGAAGAAUUAAAGGAAUAAAAAUAAAACUAGUUCUUAGUGAGAGAAUGGCGGAUAUUAAGACAGUAUAGCAUCCCUUCUACAUGCCCCCUGGUGUCUUUAAUAGGAUGUUGGUCCAUGGCAUGGUGAGUGACGUGAGGUAGCCUGGUCUUAAAUACAAUAAAUAGUCAAUAAAAUGUUUUAUAAAAUAAGAAACCAGGUUUACUGAGCUUCCUGAGAGGAAAUGGAGGUCCGAAAAACAGAAUAAGGGACGUCUUGAUAAAAUAAAUAACAUACACUCCUACUGAGAGGCCGCGGUCAUACCGGAAAUCCUGCCAUUUCUUUUGGGGAGUUUUGGGGGGAAAACAUGGCGAACACCGGAGUUAGUGGGAUGCUGGAAGGGAACGCAGCCGGACACAUGAUGUCCAGACCCGGGGAAGGAGCCGCGCUGCCCUCCAACUCGUCUCCCGGAGGAGACCCGGAUAUGAAGGGAUGCGCCAACGGGGACCUGAUGGACAGCUUUGGGAUCUUCCUGCAGGGUCUGCUCGGGGUGGUGGCCUUCAGCACCCUCAUGUUAAAACGCUUCAGAGAACCCAAGCACGAAAGAAGACCCUGGAGGAUCUGGUUUCUUGACACUUCCAAGCAGGCCAUCGGGAUGCUCUUCAUUCACUUUGCCAACGUGUACCUGUCAGACCUGACGGAAGAAGACCCGUGUUCACUAUACCUCAUAAACUUUCUGUUGGACGCUACACUGGGCAUGCUGGUGAUUUACGGUGGUGUGAAGGCCGUAAGUGCCGUGGUCGAAUGGAGGCAGUGGGAGUCGCUGCGCUUCGGAGAGUAUGGGGAGCCAGUUCAGUGCACUGCUUGGGCAGGCCAAUGUGCUCUGUACAUCCUAAUUAUGAUGUUUGAGAAGGUGGUCAUCAUCCUGGUGCUUCUAAUUCCCCAGUGGAAGAAGCUGGCUAUGCUGAACAAGAUCACCAACCCACAGCUGGAGCUGGCGCUCGUUAUGCUAAUCGUGCCGUUCUUCGUUAAUGCCCUGAUGUUCUGGGUCGUCGAUAAUUUCCUGAUGAAGAAAGGCAGGACAAAAGCCAAGCUGGAGGAGCGAGAGGUCGCGGACGAUUCACGAGGCAACAGCAAGGUGCGCUACAGACGAGCGCUCUCGCAUGAUGACUCUGAAUCUGAGAUCCUGUUCUCGGCGGAUGACGAAAUGGAUGAUUCGGACGGCGACGAGGACAUACGCCGACUCGCCGGUCUCAAAACUGUUAAGAAAAAGAAACAUCGACUGGGCAUUCCUGUGUGAUCAAUCUUUAGAGCUGCUCAUUCCUGUCACAGACUCGGUCUGCUGCCUUCUGCUCGUCUGAGAGACAGAUUAGUAUAUGUCCAGCCUUCCAUCCGUGCACGGAUCAGCAGGUAGGAGGAAUAACUCGUUCCUAAACAAAGCUCUAGGUACUGAUUAUGGAGCUUCGAAGCCGUAGAAGUGGCUUUAUCACCAACCUUCAAAACAACAAGAGAGGAAUACGACUCCUUCCUGCUGUUUUCUAUAAUCCGGCUCUUGUUACAAACACGCUCCUGCUUUUUAUUUAUAUAUAUAUUUAUAUAUAUAUACCAACCACCUUACUAAAGAAAGUGUAUACUGGAGACCAGUGCUGCUUCUUUAUACCUGUAGAUAUACUAAACGGCUGGAGUCACUCAGCCUCGAUGUGUUUUGUAUGGAGAAUCUAACUUGGGAGAAAUGACCCGGCCUUCAAGCACACCUCUACCUUUAGCGUUUCUCUUCUGUCUCGUUAGCGCGUCGUCCUUUAGACUGUAUGAAGAACAAAUAAAAAAUAACGAGCGUGCCGUCACGUUUAAUCAAUGUUAAUGUUGAACUUGUGUGGUGCAAAGAUCUCAGGAACAAACGGUUUGGCGAACAGUAUAAAGCGAUACGAACAUUUUUUCUUUCAAGCUACUUACAGUAUGUAUUUGUUAGGUUUCAUAAAAAAAAGGGAACCUUCUUGUAAAACAGUGGGGGGAGUUGUUUCUGCAAAACGUAUGUUUGGGCAACGCUUGUGUGUCCAUGUGUUUGUGUCUGUGUGACUUUCUGAUUCUACAGUGUUUUACAGUUCCUCUGUCCUCUUGGGAGAUUUGAACUAAUUCCACGGUUACCUUUUGCACAGUUUUGUUUAAUCACUGUGGUGUUUUUGUUUUUCGGUGGAAAGGCAUGAAACCUCUCGUACUUUAUGCCUUUUCUGUAGCAAAGUUCACAUUUUGGCAUCCUGUAUAAACUGUAGCAUUCCUCCCUGAUGAUAUUGAGAGAAUCAUGGUAGAAUUCUUACAUUUUGUGGAGUUUUUAUCCCUAUGUGCCACCAGUCGUUUCCGGUGUCCCAACGACUGUGUUCUAAUGUCUCGACGUUCUCGUGCUCACGCUUAACCUGCUGAUUUUGGAGUACUGUGAAGACCGGCAGCAAUGUUGCUUGCGAAUUCUGUUCGUUUUGAUAAACACUGUCCAAGGACACUUUGGUAUUUGGGAAUCUUAAAUACUAACCUCUACACGAGUGGGAUUUACUGACAAGUCGCAAUGUCCUUAUAUGCAUUUUCAAUAAACAAUGUGAAAUUUC